AUGUUAUUAUUGGAUUCAUUUUGGAUUACAGAAUUAGGAGAUUUAGGAGGACUUGGAAUUGGAAAGAAUUUUGGAAAAAUAGUAAGAAGUAAAGGAUGGAUUAAUGAUCCAAUUGGACAAAGUGAAAAAAUUUGGAGAGAAGGAGGAUGUAAAGCAGCACCAAAUGGAAGUGUGAUGAGAACAUCAGUUCUAGCAAUACCAUAUUUCUGGGAUGAAGAAAAAGUUAAAGAAAAUUCAAAGAAAAUAGGAAGUACUACACAUGCAGAUCCUAGAUGUCAAGCAUCUGUUAAUGUAAUUGUACUUAUAUUAGCAAAAUUAUUACAAGGAAGAGAAGAUAUUGAAGAAAUAAUUAAAGAAUCAAUUUAUGAUAGUGAAAAAAUGUUAAAUGAAGAAUAUAAAAAAGAAUUUAUAGAAUACACAAAUGCUAAAACACUUGAAGAAAUAAAAUUAAAUGAAUCUAUAGGAUAUACAUUUAAACCUGUAGGAUGUGCUAUAUUAUCAUUAAGAGAAGCAUUUAAAAUGAAAGAAAAAGGAAUAGAUAAAACAAUAAUAUUUGAAGAAUUAAUUGAAAGAAUUGCAUAUGAAGGAGGUGAUGCAGAUACAAAUGGAGCAGUAGUUGGAGCAGUUCUUGGAACAUAUUUAAAAGGAAUUUGUAUGCCUAAUGAUUGGUUAGAUUUAGAUAAUAAAAAAUGGUUAGAAGAACGAUUAAAUCGUUUAUUACAUCUUUAUCAGUUAGAACCUUUUCAUUUUAAAUAA